GUCCACCCCACCCUGUGUGCAGAGAACCCCUCCUCCUCCAGUCUGUCUGCAGAGCCUCAGCUUCUCAGGAAUAAUCAGGACUUUCUAACAUCCUCCCCUUCCAGCAGGCGGUGGGGUUUCAGUCAGGGGGGGACGCUGACAGGUGGAGGUCUCAGAAUCCCGUCUAAUCUGGGAAAAAGGGACUUACAAGCGUCUUCCUCGGCCUGUGGGAAGACCAUGGCUCUCUCCAGGAUCUGUCGGGAGUCUUUGCUGGUGCUUUUACUGCAAAUAGUGCUGAUUUGCUCGGCUCAGAGGGGCCCGGUCGGUCCCAGGGGCCCCCCAGGACCGCCCGGGAUAGCCGGUGUGCCCGGAGUGGACGGCAUUGAUGGGGAUAGAGGACAAGACUCCACAGUGACUGGAGGACCAGGCCCUGACGGGGAUAACGGCAAAGAUGGGGCUAAUGGAGCUUCAGGUCUUCCAGGGGCAGAUGGACCUGUUGGACCUCCUGGGGAUCCAGGGGCAGUGGGCCCUAAAGGGGCAAAAGGGGAUCCUGGAGCUCGUGGGCCGGCUGGAGAACCUGGUGUAGGACCUGAUGGACUUGAUGGUAUUCCUGGUACAGAUGGGCUGCCAGGAGAAAUGGGAAAAGUCGGAACCCCUGGAGCGAGAGGCAAAAGAGGUCAAGUUGGUCCUCCUGGUGCUGCAGGUCCUCGGGGACCCCCAGCUGUUUAUCAAGGUGAAGACCUGUGUCCCAAUGCCUGCCCCUCAGGUCUGCAUGGACAUUCUGGUCUCCCUGGCAUGAAAGGCCACAAAGGGGUUAGGGGAGAAUCCGGUGAGCCCGGAAGACAAGGACAUAAGGGUGAGGAGGGUGAACAAGGACUUCCUGGUGAAGUUGGAGCUCAAGGACUUCCAGGCCCAGGUGGACCGAGAGGCCUUUCUGGAAUAAUGGGCUCCAAAGGUGACAGGGGACCUCGUGGAAAGUCUGGUGAUGUGGGCCCUCGGGGAAUCCAGGGAAGCCCAGGAGAUCCAGGCCAAAGAGGAGCUAUAGGUGAGACCGGGCCAGGAGGAGUAGUGGGCGACCAAGGUCCAGCAGGAAUCAGAGGAGUGCCAGGGCCAAAAGGAGAAGCUGGCCUUCCUGGUCCAGAUGGUCGUGAGGGAAUACCUGGGCUGCCAGGGUCCAAGGGUCUUCCAGGAAAAAAUGGGGCUCCAGGUGAUGCCGGCUCACAGGGACUUCCUGGUUUGCCAGGUGCUUAUGGCCCAAAAGGACAUGGUGGUCUAAAGGGUAACACAGGGGAUCCAGGAGUUGUAGGACUGAUGGGGUCUCCAGGGAAACAAGGUGAACGUGGUGAGCAGGGAGAGGUGGGACCAGUUGGACCCAGAGGAGGACCAGGUGAACGAGGUGUGAGAGGACCUGAUGGGCCUCCAGGAUCACCAGGAGAAAGGGGAAGCAAAGGGGAUCCAGGACUUCCAGGACUGCCAGGCCCGGCUGGUUAUCGUGGCCAGAAGGGAGACAGGGGUGCAGUUGGUCUUGAUGGUCCAAAGGGAGAGCAGGGACCUGCAGGAGCUGAAGGAACACCAGGAGACAGAGGAGACUUUGGUGACCAAGGAGAACCAGGAGAGAAAGGAUCGACAGGCCCACCAGGAGAGACAGGAAACAAAGGGCCUGAGGGCAGCCGAGGGCAGCCAGGGAAAGAGGGCAAGUCGGGCCAACCAGGACCACGAGGCAUGCAGGGUGAUAUGGGAGUGCCAGGCCUGCCAGGAGCACAGGGCCCAGCGGGAAAAUCCCCAACAGAUACUCACAUCAAGCAAGUCUGCAUGAGGGUAAUGCAAGAGCAGCUGGCCCAGCUAGCGGCCAGCCUGAGCAGGCCUGAGUCAGGCAUCGCUGGGCUUCCUGGUCCUCCAGGCCCACCUGGACCUCCAGGACCCACUGGAGAGAAUGGUUUCCCCGGCCACACAGGAUCACGAGGUCUACCUGGUCUGAAGGGUCCACCUGGGGUAAUGGGCCGCAAAGGACCCAAAGGUGAUCAGGGUGACAGAGGGGACAAAGGACCCACAACGAGGGGACCCAAAGGAGCACCAGGUGUCCCUGGUCUACCAGGCGAUCCCGGUCGACCAGCUUACGGCACAGACGGCCGUGACGGACAGAGGGGCCCUCGCGGUGCUCCCGGUAUUCCCGGUGUUCCUGGGCCUCCUGGUCCCGCUGGUCUGAACGGUUAUUGCGAGUCUUCACAGUGCAUCCUGCCGAUGGUGGCGUCACCAGUUUCAGCAAAGGACUCCGGCAUGAAGGGCCCUAAUGAGAUGUGAGGGGCCACAGCUGAACUGGAGGAAAACUGAUAGACUGGAGGACAAAUCAGAACACUAGAAGAUUUGUCCAUUUGGAUUUUGUCACUUGGUUUGUAUGUUUUAUUUUGUGAUUGGGUCAGCUCAUUUUAACUUUUGACUGAUGUUAAGGCAGACACUCAACAAUUACCAUCAGCUUGUGAAACCCCUUUACGUAAAAAGUUUUAUUUUACCUCACUUUUGCCAUCUCUGUAAUGUAAAAUUAAAAGGAGUAUUUUUGGGAAAUUAAGAACUCGCUGCAUAUGUACAAACCUUCCAGCCCCAUUUCUGUCCAAACAUUAAUGAAAGUUUUUCUGUACGUUUAUGUAAAUGUGUCAAUAUGCAAAUUAUACUGCUGGAUAACGUACAUUUGUUUGUGAGCAUCUUUGCUGUUUAUCCACUUAAAUGCCCUUUCCUCUAAAUGUGGGAUAUGUUUGAUAAUUUCUGUCAUGUUUUUGUGAUUGGAGGGUGGCGAUGUGUGAAAACCUCUCUGGCAGUUUUAUAUGACUUCUUAUUUAUUAUAUCAAGGUUCGACGUGACAUCUUCAAGUUGUACAAAGGAGGAAAUAAAUACAUUUUGAUAA